AUGGCCUGGUGGAGAUCCCUCUUUCGGAGCGUGAACAGCAAGAAGCCCGCCCGGCGGUCCUACACCAUCUACCGCAACACGCCCGAGGGGGAGGGGGCCUGCCGUCUGGAGGGGCUGCAGGUGAAGGUGGUGGAAGCCGAGGAGCAGGAGGGGGCCGUGGCUGCUGGCCUCGGCAAGGAACCGGCCAGGCCCGCCUGUUGCCCGUGGCAGGACCGGUGGAAGGCAGGCUCCUACGUGGUGCUCGUGGGCCUCCUGAUCUUCAUUGUAGCCUUCCUCCUGGGGUACAUCUCCUCCCGGGGAUCCUGCAGCGUCUGUGGGGACUUGCUGACGGUGGUGAGCGAUGAGCGCCCGUACGGAAUGGGGGAAGACCCAGGAGGAGCCCCCUUGUACUGGGCUGACCUGCGGGAGAUGUUCCAGAAGCACCUCAACAAGGAGAAGAUUGAAGCGACAAUCCGAACAAUUAGCGAAGCCCCCCACCCUCCUGGCUCGUCCCGCCUGGAUGUCCUCUCCACCCAUGUUCUCAACUCCUUCACCUCUUAUGGACUGGACCACAGCUGGACCGACAGCCACUACGUGGGACUCCAGAAGCCCAGCCGGUCACAGCCUAAUUUCCUACACCGCGUGAAUGCUGAUGGAGCGGUGCUGGAGAAACUGCCUCUGGGGGACCCCCAGGUGUACUGUCCCUACAGUGCCUCUGGCGUUGUCACGGGUGGCCUGGUCUUUGCCAACUAUGGACGCCGAGAGGACUUUAUCCUUCUGAGGCAACGUGGUGUUAGCCCCCAGGGACAGCUGGCCAUUGUUCGUGUGGGACAGAUCAGCUACGCUGAGAAGCUGGCCAACGCGGAAGCCGCCCAGGCCGCAGGGGUUCUCAUUUACCCAGACCCCUUUGACAUCCCCCAAGACCCUCGCAAACCGGAGCUGUCCCAGAACACCACCAUCUACGGGCACGUUCACAUGGGUGCCGGAGACCCCUACAGCCCCGGAUUCCCUUCUUUCAACCACACUCAAUUCCCCCCCGUGCAGUCCUCGGGGCUCCCCAAAAUCCCGGUGCACCCCAUCAGCGCAAACGUGGCCGCACACCUGCUCAGGCAGCUGACCGGUCCCGCUGCCCCCCGUGACUGGCACGGACGCCUUCCCGAUGUCCUGUACGUGCUCGGCCCAGGGGAACCCACUUUCCUGCUGCAGUUGGGAGUCCACAAUGUGAAGCAGUCUGUCAUGAUCAGCAAUAUCUUCGGGUGCAUCGAGGGCAGAAUUGAGCCAGAUCACUAUCUCAUUGUGGGGGCCCAGAGGGACUCCCUGGGGCCGGGAGCUGCUCGUUCUGGGGUGGGCACCGCCAUCGUCUUGGAACUGGCGCGUACCUUUGCUGCCAUGGUACGGAAUGGGUUCCAGCUGCGAAGGAGCUUGCUGUUUGUGAGCUGGGAUGCCGGCGACUUUGGCAGCGUGGGCUCCACGGAAUGGCUGGAGGGAUAUCUCACCAUGUUGCAUCUGAAAGCAGCCGCCUACAUCAGUGUGGACAAUGCAGCCCUGGGAGACGACAAGUUCUUUGCCAAGACCAGCCCUGCUUUGAUCGGCCUCAUCGAGAGCAUCAUCAGACAGGUGGACAGUCCAAACCGCAGCGACCAAAGUAUCUUUGACCAGGUGACGGAACACGGCCAGCAGUGGCAGAGCGAGGUAAUCCGUCCUCUUCCCAUGGACAGCAGUGCCUUCGCCUUCACCGCAUUUGGGGGGGUCCCUGCGGUGGAAUUCUCCUUUGCAGAGGAGUCCCGCCCCUACCCCUUUCUGAACACCAUGGCCGACACGUACGACAACCUCAACCGCGCGCUCCACGGACGCCUCCCCGCUGUGGUCAAAACCAUGGCUGAGGUUGUGGGCCACCUGUUGAUGAAGCUGACCCACGACCACCUCCUGCCCCUCGACUACGGAUGCUACGGAGAUGUCCUCUUGCAGCACGUCACCCGCUUCAACGAAUACACGGCACUGCUGAAGAGCCGUGGUCUGACCCUGCAAUGGAUGUACUCGGCCCGAGGCGAUUAUGUGCGGGCGGCUGAGAAACUGCGCAAGGAAAUCUACAGCUCCGAGGAACAUAACGAGAGGCUCUUGCGCAUGUACAAUGUCCGAAUUAUGCGGGUGGAGUUCUACUUCCUCUCCCAGUACGUGGCAGUCACGGAAACCCCAUUCCGGCACAUUUUGCAUGGCCACGGCCCCCACACCAUGGCAGCCCUGCUGGAGCACAUCAACCGUUUACGAGAGGCACCGGAGCGUUUUGACGAAGUCCUCUUCCGCCGUCAGCUGGCCCUGGUCACCUGGACGCUCCAGGGGGCGGCCAAUGCCCUCAGCGGGGAUGUGUGGGACAUCGACACCAACUUCUGA